AUGGCGGUGCGAAUUGUGACGCUAUCCCAGAAAGCUUUACGCGUUGUAAGAAAAUUAGGCACCAGUCCGUCAAACCGCGCUCGUCGUGAGAAUUUUUGGUGGUACUCAUGGUGUUUUGUCAAAAAUGCUGUUUUGUCAAGAGACAAAAUACCUACCUCCACAAAGUCCACAAAGACUAUAAAUAUUUUUGUAAAUAUAAUUUCAAUGAACUGACGAAAAAUUUAAAAUUAAUUAACUCAAACUGGAAAAUUUUGACCAGUUAAAUAAAUACAUUUACCCUUUCUAAAUUCUCACAACUUUCUAUUUGAAUAGGAAAUAAAUAGCUUUUAAGAUCUAAUUAUUUUGCUAUUUACUAGCUAUUUUAACAAUAGCUCUAAAAAUAAAAGUAAACAUAGUUUAAAAAUAGCUAUUUAAUAGCCAUUUUAAACAAAAAUUCGCCACAACUUUCUAUGAAUAGGAAUUAAAUAGCUAUUUAAGAUCUAUUUAUUUUGCUAUUUAAUAACUAUUCUAAGAAUGGCUCAAAAAAUUCAAAAAAUAAAAGCAAACAUAGUUUAAAAAUAGUUAUUUAAUAGCUAUUUGGAACAAAGUUCGCCACAACUUUCUAUGAAUAGGAAUUAAAUAUUUUCCUAUUUAAUAACUAUUUUAACAAUACUCAAUAAUAUCUCCAAAAAUAAAAGCAAACAUAGAAAUCUUAAAGUCAGACCUAGAUUUGUACGUUUGUGGUACAUACAUACCACCUGAAAAAUCAAAAUACUUCGAAAAUGAAAUAUUUGAAGAACUCGAAAAUGACAUAAUCCUUUUCUCAUCAAGAGGAAAUGUACUUCUUCUUGGUGAUCUAAAUGCUAGAAGAAGCAAACUUGAAGAUUUUGUUUCAAGUGAUGGAAGUGAUCACAUUCAAGACACUAGUGAUAACUCCUUCCAACCUCCAGAAAGACAAAACUUUGACUCCACAAUAAACAAUCUUGGCAAAAAAAUAAUUGAAAUUUGUAAAAGUACUGACAUGAGAAUUCUUAAUGGUCGGAUCAAUGGUGACUCUUUGGGAAGACCUACUUUUCACGGCAAUAACGGAACCAGCGUAGUUGAUUAUGUCAUAUGUAACCAACACUUAAUACCAAAAGUUAAACACCUAGUUGUUAAAUCACCUAACUACCUAUCUGACCAUAGCCAAGUUAUAACCUGGAUUAACUUAUACAAAAACACUAACACUGAUAAUAUUAAAACCUCACAACCCCCGAUAUCAAAACUACCUCUACAAUAUAUUUGGAACAAUGAGUCAAGCAAAAAUUUUAAGAAAGCUCUAAAAUCAGAGGAACUACAAGAAAAAUUAAGUUCAUUCCUUGAUAAUGACUUCUCUUCUGACAGAGAAAGUAUCAACAAAUGCGUCAAUGAAUUUCAAAACAUCAUUGAUCUUGCGUCUAAAAAAUCUCUUAAAAUUGAAAAGAAGAAAUUUAGACGAAAGAUUAAUAAUGUUGCAAACAAAAAAUGGUUUGACAAAGAGUGUAGAUUUAAAGACACCAGCUUAGAAAACUAG